GGGCGGAGGCGGCCCAGCCAACGCCAGCCCCGCUCCCCUCCUCCCCGGCCGAGGGCCGCCUUCCGGUGGCGGCCGACGGGCGCGAGGCCGCUCGAUCUUUCAGGAUGGGACGGGAGCUGGGGACGCCCCCCCUGUGACAUGCUGCCCUGCAAGAAGAGGCGAGCGGCCCCCCUCUCGGCAGGGGGGUCUCCCCAGCGGCCGGAGCUUCCCUCGGACCCUGACCCCGGAGAGGGGCGGCCGCCCUCCGCGGCCCCCUGCUCCGCCCAGGGCGCGUCCUGGCCCGAAGGCGGUGGCGAAGACCACCCAGGGGAACGCCGCCUCUCCCCGGAGCCCCCCUGGGACGGGAGCGAGGGGGGCCGUGUGGACCCGGCUGGCACCGAGGAGGACGGAGGGCAGCAGCCUCCUCAUCCUCUGGGGGCACUGGGGUGGGAGCCCCGGAGAGCGCCGCCUCCCUGCGCCGGGGACCCCCCUGGGACGCCGUCGCGGGCGGCCGAGGACGAGCCCGAGGACGUUGGCCUCUUCAUCCCCAUGGAGGAGCAGAGUGGCGAGGAGGGUGGCAGGCGCCGGAGACGGCAGCAGAGAGCAACCAAGCGGAAGCGCGACGGGCAGGGCCCGGAGGGCAGGGCCCCGCAGCCGGAUGACCCGAGGAGGGAUGCCACGCUGGACCGGACCCUGGAGGAUGGAGCCAAGCAGCACAACCUGACCGUUGUCAACGUGCGCAACAUCUUGCAUGAGGUGAUCACCAACGAGCACGUCGUGGCCAUGAUGAAGGCGGCCAUCAGCGAUGCGGCGGGGGCGGACCGGCCUCUGUUUGAGCCCAAGAUGACCCGAUCGAAGCUGAAAGAGGUCGUGGAGAAAGGAGUGGUGAUUCCCACCUGGAACAUCUCACCGAUGAAGAAAGCCCACGGAACCAAGGCCCCGCAGUUUGUCGACAUUCACCUGGACGAGGACGACUCGUCGGACGAGGAGUACCAGCCGGAGGAGGAGGAGGAGGACGAGACGGCCGAAGAGAGUUUGCUGGAGAGCGACGUCGAGAGCACGGCCUCGUCCCCCCGAGGGGCCAAGCGGUCCCGGACCAGGCAGUCCUCCGAGAUGACCGAGACGGACGAGGAGGGCGGGGCGCCGCCCGAGGCGGAGAAGGCGUCCCCGCCCACGCCCGUGAGGCACAUCAGCGCGGAGGUGGUGCCCAUGGGCCCGCCCCCGCCCCCGCCGCGUCCCCGGCCCAGCAAGGACAGCGCCUUCAUGGAGAAGCUGCACGCCGUGGACGAGGAGCUGGCGCUCGGCCCGCUCUGCCCCGACUCCUUCCAGCCCCUGGACGACAGCCUGAUCGCCUUCCGCACGCGCUCCAAGAUGCCCCUGAAGGACGUGCCCCUGGGGCAGCUGGAGGCGGAGCUGCAGGCCCCCGACAUCACGCCCGACAUGUACGACCCCGGCACGGCCGACGACGACGACUGGAAGGCCUGGCUGGGCGGGCUGAUGAACGACGACGUGGGCAACGAGGACGAGGGGGACGACGACGACGACGACCCGGAGUACAACUUCCUGGAGGACCUGGACGAGCCGGACACGGAGGAUUUCCGCAACGACCGGGCCGUCCGCAUCACCAAGAAGGAAGUGAAUGAGCUGAUGGAGGAGCUGUUCGAGACGUUCCAGGACGAGAUGGGCUUCCCGCACGUGGAGGACGAGGGGCAGGAGGAGGAGGAGGAGGAGGACGGCCCCGCCGAAUCCCGUCCCGACUUCAACACCCCCCAGGCCCUGCGGUUCGAGGAGCCGCUGGCCAACCUCCUCAGCGAGCAGCACCGCACGGUGAAGGAGCUGCUGGAGCAGCUGCGCAUGAAGAAGUCUUCGACCAAGCAGCAGCAGGAGGCCGAGCGGGCCGGGCCCCACAGCCAGCGCGCCCUGCAGACCCUCGUCCUGGACGCCGCGCAGCGGGCCCGCCUCCAGCAGCAGAUGCAGCAGCACGUGCAGCUCCUGACCCAGAUUCACCUCCUGGCCAGCUCCAACCCCGGCCUGAACGCCGAGGCCACCACCACCAGGAUGUUCCUCAGGGAGCUGGGGACGUUUGCCCAGAGUUCCCUGGCGCUGCGCCGCCCGUCCAGCCCCACCUUCCAGACGACGUUCCAGCCCUGCAACCUGGAGGGCUCCGUGCAGCUCAUCGAUGACUUCCACGCCCUCGGCCACGGCGACUGGAGCCCCCGCAAGACGCCCAAGAAGAGCGCCGCCGACUACCCCAGCCUGCCGCGGCGCCUCGCCUGGAUCCUGGCCACCCGCCGGGUCUUCAUGUACCCGCAGCUGCUCCCCGUCUGCGCCCUCAAGGCCAAGAACCCCCGCGACAAGAUCCUCUUCACCAAGGCCGAGGACAACCUGCUGGCCCUGGGCCUCAAGCACUUCGAGGGGACCGAGUUCCCCAAGCCGCUCAUCAGCAAGUACCUGCUGACGGGGAAGACGGCCCACCAGCUGACCGUCAGGAUCAAGAACCUGAACAUGAACCGGGCGCCGGACAACAUCAUCAAAUACUAUAAGAAGACCCGUCAGCUGCCCGUGCUCUUGAAGUGCUGCGAGGCCCUUCGGCCCGACCAGUGGAAGGCGCCCGUGGAGAGGGAGGAGGAGCAUCUCCCCUUCUGGCUAAAGGCCAGCCUGCCGGCCAUCCAGGAGGAGCUGAGGUGCCUGGCGGGCGACUCCGCGGGCCCCUCGGGCCCGGACGCCGACCCCCGGGCGGAGCCGGACGGCCGCUACCCGCUGCUCCCGCCCAAGCGCCUGGCCCUGACCCUGAAGCCUCUGGCCAACCGCUUCUCCCGCCGGGCCUGGCGCCAGCGCCGCUGCCCGGCCCUGAAGCCCCUGCUCAUCCGGCCCGGCCCCGGCCCCGUCCCGGCCCGGACCCCGCGGCCCAUCCAGCCGGCCGAGGCGGCCCCCCUGGCUCCGCCGCCCGGGCCGCCCGCCGCCCGGGGCCCGGCGCCCGCCCGGCCCUGCAAGGUGCCGCUGCCCGCCCUGGCCGGCCGCCGGGCCUGCGCCCCCGCCGGGCGGAAGGCCCCGCCGUGGCCCCGCCCGCCGGCCGCGGUCCCCCCGCCGGCGCCCCUCUUCCUGACCGUCCCGGCCGGCACCGUCAACGUGGUGCGCCUUCUGCGGCCGCUCGACGCCGGGCCCGGCCGGCCGGUCCCCCCGGCCCUGCCCGUCGCCACCCUCCUGGUCAACCCCGCCCCCUUCCCCUGCCCGCUGGACCUGCCCCCGCUGCUGGUCGCCCCCGACGAAGGGGGACCGGGGCCGGAGGCCCCGGCCGGCCCGGCCGUGGGGGCGGGGCGGGUGGCGGAGCCCGGCGGCCCCCACGGCCCCCCGGUCGGCUCGCCCGGGGCCGACGGCCCCGGGGCGGGGCCCGAGAAGGGCGGGGGCGCGGAAGAGGAGGAGGAAGAGGAGGAGGAGGAGGAGGACCUGGACGAGCUCACGCAGGACGAGGACGACGAGGGGAUGUCGUCGGCGUCCGAGGAGUCGGUGCUGUCGGUCCCCGAGCUGCAGGAGACCAUGGAGAAGCUGACGUGGCUGGCGUCCAAGCGGCAGCUGGUCCAGGAGGGAGACUCGGAGGAGGGGGACUCGGAGCCCGAGGAAGAGGAGGAGGAGGAGGAGGAGGAAGAGGAGGAGGAGGAGGAGGAGGAGGAGGCGGGGGACAGGCCGGGGCGGCUCCAGAAGGAGGACGGGGCGCCCGGAGACCCCGAGGAGAAACCCCCGUCGCCCUGCGCCUCGCCCACGGCCACCCCCGCCGCCGCGCCCAGCGGGGUGACCCCUGCAGGGGAACGCUCCAAGGCCGCCGGGCGGGGCCGCGUGAGCCACCGGCCGAGGGGCCGGCGGGGCCGGGGCCGGGCCAGCAAGGACGCCUCCAAGCUGCUGCUGCUGUUCGACGAGGACAUCCUCGAGCGGGACCCGCUGCGGGAGCAGAAGGACCUGGCCUUCGCCCAGGCCUACCUGACGCGGGUGCGGGAGGCCCUGCGGCCCGCCCCCGGCCGCUACGAGGACUUCCUGCGCGUCAUCUACGAGUUCGAGUCGAGCCCGCAGCGGCGCACGGCGGUGGAGCUGUUCGGGAGCCUGCAGGCCCUGCUGCGGCCCUGGCCCCAGCUGCUCCGCGACUUCGCCGCCUUCCUGCUGCCCGACCAGGCCCUGGCCUGCGGCUUGUUCGAGGAGCAGCAGGCCUUCGAGAAGUCUCGCAAGUUUCUGCGGCAGCUGGAGAUCUGCUUCGCCGAGAACCCGUCCCACCACCAGCGCAUCAUCAAAGUGCUGCAAGGCUGCGCGGACUGCGUGCCCCAGGAGAUCGCCGAGCUGAAGACGCAGAUGUGGCAGCUGCUGAAGGGGCAUCAUCACCUGCAGGAUGAAUUCUCCGUCUUCUUCGACCACCUCCGCCCGGCCCCCGCCCGGCUGGAAGACUUCGAGGAGGUCCACUGGACCGAGGAGAAGGGAUACGAGUUCGACGGCUUCGAGGAGGUGGCGCUGCCCGAGGAGGAAGAGGACGAGGAGCCCCCCAAGCUGCCCCCGCCGCCCAGGAGCAAGAGGAAGAAGCUCAGGGUCCAGAACCACGACAAGGAGCCGGACUGGGCGGUCGGACCCACGGACGGCACCUGUCCCGGCGGCGAGGGCAGGAGGACCAAGAGACGCGGACACUCUCCCACCAAGGCGGGCGACGGGAAGCCGACCGGGGCCAGGGACCCCCCAGAGGGUUCGGGCAGGAGCCCCCCGCGGGGGCCCGUCGGCCCCGGGCCCCUCCCCGAAGCCGAGGACCCCGCCGCGGCGGCCCGGCGCCACGAGGAGGAGGAGGAGGAAGAGGAGGACCAGGAGGAGGAGGGGGGCCGCCCUGAAGCGGCGGAAGAGGGGAAGGCGGCCGAGCCCCGCCCGGGCGUGCGGCCCCAGAGCGGGUCGCCCCGUUCCGCCCCCGUCCCGGUCACCCCGACCCCGGGAGAGCCCGGGGCCGGUCGGACCGCCCGGCCCCGGCUCCAGCCGCCGACCGCCGCCCCGCGGGGCCCCGGGGACGGCGACCGGCCGCCCGGCGGGUCUCCCGCGGGCCGGGCCGGGCCGGCGGGGGACGAGCCGCAGCCCAGGGCGGCCGAGGCGGCCACCGUCUGUGCCAAGAACAUCAAAGUCAGCUCCACCGGCGAGAAGGUGGUCCUGUGGACCAGGGAGGCCGACCGCGUGAUCCUCACGGCCUGCCAGGAGCGGGGGGCCCGGCCCCACACCUUCAGCGCCGUCUCCCAGCGGCUGGGCAACAAGACACCCUCCGAGGUCUCGCAGCGUUUCCGGGAGCUGAUGCAGCUGUUCCACACGGCCUGCGCGCCCGCCUCCGACGACGCCGCCGGCAACGCCGACCCGCUGUCCGACCACGGGGAGCCGCCGUCCGACGAGGAGCCGGACGACUGAGCCGGACCCCGGGGGCCGCCCCCGUCCCCCCCGCCCCUCCGGCGCCUCUAUUUAUUGUGCGGGGACGCCCCCGUCCCCACCCCUGCCCGCCCCCCCCAGCAAUAAAAGUCUCUCUGCUGCGGCCCCCGUGGGGGCCGGCGGGGCGUUUUAA